UCUGCGUGUUUGCUCGUUCUUCCCUUGCCUGCUGCUAAAAUCCCCUCCCCACUCUUGUGAAAGUCAGGAUGCUGGCGUCAAGCUUUGACAAGUAAGUAGACUCGUCGCGGAGGAUUUACCCCUUUCUGCUGGAUCUCAACUCUUUCCUUCUCUGCCUUUUCAUCAAGACGCCUUACGCGAUCCAGAUCUCAGCAUCGCAAGAUUUUAUUCUCUGAGGUUUACGAGUCGUCAAACGAGUCCGCCGAUGUCGCGUACGCGAGAGAGCAUCAUUUCACAAGAUUAAGACGAGAGUAGGGAGGGAUGCAAGACGCUAGUCAGUCGGUGCAACACCACGGAUACGGAGCGCAAUACGGCAGUCAGCAGGCACUAGUAGCACAGCAGCAGGCGUUAACGCUGCAACAGCAUCAGCAACAGCAUCCGCAUCAGCAACAGCAGCAGCAGCAGCCCGGCAUGUUUCACCCAGGCCUCAUGUCAGCAGCGAACAUGACCCCGCUUGACUCUGUUCAGAGUGGUAGUCUUCCGCCCGGGUUUGAUCCGGCUUCUUGUCGCAGCGUGUACGUGGGCAACGUGCACACCAAGGUGACGGAGCACAUGCUCGGCGAUAUCUUCUCCGCGCUCGGCCCGCUCGAGGGGUGCAAGCUCAUCCGGAAAGAUAAGUCGUCGUACGGGUUUGUGGACUUCUACGACCAUCGAUCGGCGCAGGCAGCGCUGCUCACGCUCAACGGCCGCCUCCUGUUCGGGCAGCCCAUUAAGGUGAACUGGGCGUACGCCAGCACCAACAGGGAGGACACCUCAGCGCAUGUGAACAUCUUUGUGGGCGACCUGGGUCCCGAGGUCACAGACGCCUCGCUCUUUGCCGCCUUCAGCACCUUCCCCAGCUGCUCUGACGCGCGGGUGAUGUGGGACCAUCGCACAGGCCGCUCGAGGGGCUACGGUUUCGUCUCCUUCCGUAGCCAACUGGACGCAGAGGCAGCCAUAUCGGAGAUGACAGGCAAGUGGGUGGGCACGCGGCCCAUCCGCUGCAACUGGGCCACCAAGAACCAGGCGCUAGACGACGCGUCCAAGCAGCAGCAGCAGCACCAGCAGCAGCACCAGCAGCAACAGGUGCAGGUGCAGGUGCCGCAUCAGGCGCAACAGCAGCCGCAGCAGCAGCAGGUGCAGGUGCUGCCACCGCCGGUGCAACAACAGCAGGCAGCGCAACAAGCGGUGCUCCAGUCAGGGGGGGGGGAUGGUGCAGGUGGAGGGGCCAACGGGUCGGUCAAGCACGAGCCUAAAGGCAAUGACGCGGAAUUGGCAGCAGCCGGGGCAGCGGCUGCACAGAGCAGCAGCGCGCCUGCAGCAGGGGCGCCUGGCAGUGCUGCUGCGACUGGUGGUGCUGCUGGUGGUGGUGCGGUUGCUGCUGCUGCUGCUGGUGGCCCUGGUACCACGAGCAGUGCGCAGUUUACGACAGUCUACGUGGGCAACCUGGCUUCAGAGGUGACCCAGACGGAGCUGCACCGGCAGUUCUACGCGCUGGGCGUGGGCAUAAUCGAGGAGGUGCGCGUGCAGCGGGACAAGGGCUUUGGCUUUGUGCGCUACCGCUCGCACGAGGAGGCCGCGGCGGCCAUCCAGGCCGCCAACGGGCGCGUCAUCUGCGGGAAGUCCGUCAAGUGCUCCUGGGGCAGCAAGCCCACCCCCCCCUCCGCCUCCACCUCCUCUGGCGGCCUCCCCCCACCCCCCCCCGCCCCCCUGCCCUACACCAACCCUGCGGGCGCGUUUGGCGGCCCCUCUGCUGCGGAUCUUCUGGCGUACCAACGCCUGCGCGCCCUCAUGCCCCCUGCCGCCCAAGCUGGGGGGAUGGCAGGAAUGGGUAUGGGCAUGGGCAUGGGCGUGGGAGGGGGGAUGGCUGCAGGGGGCAUGGGGGGCAUGGGGGGCAUGGGGAAUGGGAUGGGGGCAAUGGGGGCAGGGGGAAUGGGGGCGGGAAUGGGGGCAGGUGGAAUGGGCAGUGCACCAGGGGGGUUGCCUGGAGUAGGGGGUGGAGGGGCAGGGUACGAUCCAUACCAGGUAGCAUCAGGAGUAAAUUCAGGGGCGUUGGGAGGGGGGAACACGCAGCAUAUGUACUACUAGUACGGUAGUGUCGAUUCAGGGGCAUUGGGAGGAAGGGCCAUUUCUUCUUGUCUGCUUGCGGUGUUCGGAAUGCAAUGCAAAAACUUACUGGUUCUGUGCCGAGCCGAGCCGAGCAAGCAGUGGAGAGUAAAUGGCUAGGUGAGGUAGGCAAUGCAUCUUCUCCUCAGCUAACAUGUUAUUUUUAGCUAAUGAUGUCACAUUCAAUUACCAUUCUUUUCCCUAAGACCUGAUUAUGAACCUCGUUGGUUUUGU